AUGGAAACCGUCUGGCCUGGGGCGACAAGUGUACGAUCGCUGCUGGCGGGAGCGAAGGUCGGACUGAACCAGACCUCCAAGGCGGUGGCGGAGUCACUGCAAGGACAGAAGCGCACACUGCACGACACAUUCAGCUCUGAACGUAGCUCAGACAUGCUCAAGCGCCAGGCGUUCGCCGGGCCCGUCGAGUGCGGCGGCGGACCCGGACGCGCACCUGCGCGUCCUGGCGCACUCGCUGGGGCUGAGCGUGCCCGGAGUUGA